GGAAGGGCGUCGUUAGCGCUGCGCCCGCUACGGAGUUGUAACUUAUGCCAGCUGUUUUGUUAAUUUGUUUCAAGUAAUGGCGGAUACAGUAGAAAAAUCGGAGUUUCAGGAAGGUCUUUCUCAAGAUGAGGCUUUUCGUUAUAGUCGGCAAAUGAUCCUGCCUGAAAUAGGGCGGGAGGGUCAGGAGAAGCUGAAGAAUUCAUCCAUACUGAUUGUGGGAGCUGGCGGUCUUGGCUGUCCAGCGGCAAUCUACCUGGCAGCAGCUGGUGUGGGUACCCUUGGUGUGGUGGACCAUGAUGUGGUGGAGGUCAGUAACCUCCAUCGGCAGAUUUUGCACACUGAGGGACGGAUUAACACCCCAAAGGCCAACUCCAUUGGAGAGGCAGUUGCUGGACUGAACCACCAUGUCUGUGUGGUGCCGCACCACCUGGCUCUGGACAGCACCAACGCCCUGCAGCUGGUGCAGCGGUACGAGGUGGUGCUCGACUGUACCGAUAACGUAGCCACCCGCUACCUACUGAACGACGCCUGUGUGCUGGCCGGCCGGCCGCUGGUCUCUGGCAGCGCGCUGCGCUUCGAGGGACAGCUCACCACGUACAACUACGCGGGCGGUCCGUGCUACCGCUGCCUGUACCCUCGGCCGCCCCCACCAGAGACCGUCACCAACUGUUCAGACGGCGGCGUUCUGGGCGUGGUGCCAGGAAUCAUCGGCUCUCUGCAGGCCCUGGAGGCGGUCCGCCUGCUGAUACCCGGCCUGCGCGCGGCGCACGCGCAGACCCUCCUUCUGUUUGACGGUCUACUGGGAGCGUUCCGGUCGGUGAGACUGCGCGGCCGACAGCCCGACUGUGCCGUGUGCGGCGACCAGCCGACCGUCACCGAACUGGAGGAUUACGUACAGUUCUGCGGAGCCGCGCCUACCGACAAGGACUCCGGCGUGCGUCUGCUGGCUGCCGAGGAGCGGCUCACGCCUCAGCAGUACCAGCAUCUCAGCACGCCUAAACUGCUGGUCGACGUGCGCCAGGCCAAUGAGCUCGACAUCUGCCGACUGCCGGACGAGUUUCAAGUUCUGAACGUGCCGCUAGGGGCGCUGCGGACGGUGGAGGGCCGGGAGACUGUGCGGCAGGCGGCCCUGGAGCGCCGCGCGGGGGAUGGACGGGUCACAGUGGUGACCCUGUGCAGACGCGGUAACGACUCUCAGCGCGCCGCUCAGCUCCUGCAGAGACAUCUAACGGAGACCCCCGAACUGGAGGUUCGUGACAUCCGCGGCGGCCUGUACGCGUGGAAGGACGAAAUUGAUCCCUCACUGCUGCUCUACUAGGCCCCAACUCUUCCCAGUCCUCUCCUAACGAAAAAGAUGUUUGCUGGCGAGCUAUACACGCAUACGGCACUAAAAAUACCUUUUAUACGCCGUUGAGUUUUAUAGCGUGUUUGUGAGAUUUAUGCGGGGUUAUUCGUUUUUAGACACCGGCAAGCUGGACAAGAAUAUGUGGUCUGAUUCGUAAUGUGCGAGAUGUUGUCCAUUUGUAACGCCACAUAGAUUUUGACUUUCAUUCCUGCUGUCUUCGUCAUAUGUGAUCCAGUGGCUACUUUAGGUGGAAAUGAGCAAUGGAAGAUAUCGGAGGUGACGUUCAUUAGAUUUAGAUCCCAGACUACGUUUCGAUAUAGGGAUAGGUGUUCGACGCUUCAUUCCACGCAAAUGGUAACAGGGACCAUAAGACAAUCAUCGCACCAUCAAGCACAAAGCUUCUGAUCUCCGCGUAAUAACUUCAGAUCGUCACUACUCACUAUGUUAGUACAACCAUUCAAGUUCCGUAUGCCGCGAAUAUCAAGCCAAACAGCAAGUGAUGUCGAUGGUUAUAUUUCGAUUAAAAAAGAAACAACUACCGAGCAUGCAACGCUAAUGAACAUGUCUAAUGUGAAUAAAUGCGGCGGCACGGA